UUUCAUAUAUUACAAGUCACCCAAAAAGAAAAAGAAAAACUGCCUAAAACAAUUAUUCUAAUAAUAAUAACAACAACAAUAAUAAAAUGUAAAAGUAAUUUUUUUCCACUAAGAUAUCAACGACAUGUUGUGAAGAAAGACGAAAUUUCCCCUUCCGACAUGUCGGGCGACGUUUAAACACUGCUACCUACCGACACAUUUCUCCCUUCCCAGCAUCAAAUUUAGAGCUGAAAGCACAGUUGAAGAAGACAUUGGAACCCCAAAACCACAUAAUCCAUGGAAGCGCUGAGGAAGAAGCUGUUGACGUGCUUGAUUAUUCUCACAGUUUUCGUUUCAGGUUCGAGAGGUUGGACCGGGGCAAUCCAUGGCCGAGUUAUCUGCGAUGUCUGCGGCGAUUCUUCCAUUGGCCCAGAAGACCAUGUUCUAGAAGGUGCUGAAGUAGCUGUACUUUGCAUUACAAGAUCGGGAGAAGUUCUAAAUUACCAAGCAUUUACCAACUCUAAGGGUAGAUACACUGUUGCAGAGACCAUGUCGGAAAGCGACCGUUGGGAUGCAUGCCUCGCUCGGCCAAUCAGCAGUUUCCAUGAACACUGCACCCAUCUUGGCGCCAAUAGCUCGGGUGUGAAGUUCAGUUACAAUCAUCCAUCUGGUCACUCUCAUACUGUCAGGCCUUUUGUCUAUCGACCGAGCAGCAUGCCGACAUACUGCAUCUGACACAUUCUGAAUAAGGGCAAUAAGAUUGUGAGGUUGGAAGUCAACAAUUGAGUUUUCUUAUGGAAAAAAAAAUGUUUUCUGCUAUAUGCUGGUUUUAAUGUAAACCUCAGUCUGUUUAUAUCAACUUUUUGUUAUGAUGUACAUCAAUUAGAACCAAUGUUGUGAUAGAUUUUCAAAAGUAUCAUCUGGAUGAUAUUGACUCUCAUAUCCAUAAUACAGUUUCCGUUCUGUCCCUA